AUUUGUUGCAGGUUCCCCUCGACAUCUCCUGGACCAUGUCGGCCAAAGAACCUCGCAAACGCUCUGCUCAACCGAGACACCAUCUGUAAGCCCCAACCAUGAAUGGACUGCUGAAAAUCACCGAACUGACCACGGAAACACCGAAGAACGUGUCAGACAUCACGAACGAGUCCUCGCCCUUGGACCACAUCACCAACAGCUCGGUCUACCUGGUGACGUCAUGGCCAGACGCUCAAUCUUGGGUCAUCUGCUUCGGUUUCGUGCUCAAGACCAUGAUCAUGGCCUUGAUCAUCAUAGCGGCACUGUUUGGGAAUCUGUUAGUGAUCGUGUCAGUAAUGCGGCAUCGGAAACUGAGGGUGAUCACGAAUUAUUUCGUAGUGAGUUUGGCGUUGGCCGACAUGUUGGUCGCCAUUUGGGCGAUGUGCUUCAAUUUCAGUGUCGAGGUGUCGGGCAGGUGGAUUUUCGGAUAUUUUAUGUGCGAUGUGUGGAACUCGUUGGACGUGUACUUUUCCACGGCGUCUAUAUUGCAUCUUUGUUGCAUCAGCGUUGAUAGGUACUACGCCAUCGUCCAGCCGCUGGACUACCCGCUGAUCAUGACCAACGGACGCGUGAUGCUGAUGUUGGCCAUCGUAUGGUGCAGUCCCGCGCUUCUGUCUUUCCUGCCCAUCUUCAUGGACUGGUACACGACCGAGGACCAUCUGGAGUUCAGGAAGAAAAAUCCGCACGUGUGCGCGUUCACGGUGAAUCGGACUUACGCCGUCAUUUCGUCGAGUGUCAGUUUCUGGGUGCCCGGCAUGGUGAUGUUUUUCAUGUACUAUAGGAUCUACGUGGAGGCUGACCGACAAGAAAGGAUGCUCUACAGGUGAGAGGAG